UCAGACUGAAGGCAAGUUCUCUUAUUCCUGUCUAGAGUGAUUCAGGCAGAGGAGGUGAUAAAAAGCACCUGGAACAAGAAACGGAGGCCCAGGUGGAAUUGUCCGCAGCUGCACGUCCACCACCACACAGCUUUGUCCCUUGAUCUUGAGGCUUUUGCUUGGAAGCGUUGGAUCUGAGCACUUUCUGGACAACACAGCCCUCCGAACUUCCCCGAAAUGCCUCAGCACUGGCUGGUGACUGUCAGCUGCCUUGCAAUCACUCUCCUCCUCCCGUCAGCUGCUGGCAUUCAAAGAAGAGAAGGUGAGGCAAACGAGCGUGAAAUCUUUCCACUUUAGUUUUUGGAAGUGGGCUUCAUUUUGCAGUCUUCUUUCUCUCCCUGACUCCUGUUUUGGUGUCAGGUGCACCGCGGGCCAGCUGCUGAGCAGCCCCUUGUUGUGAGAGAGAAGUAGCUAAGCUGAAGACUCUCUUUAUGAGCAUGUGGAAUGUCUUGGGAACUGGGCAGUAACGUUUUCAGCAUGUGGGCGAUAAUGGAGGAUGGGACCAGAUCUUCAUCAUCUAAGCUUCCUUCCUUAGGUCUGGCCCGCGUUUCUCCUCCAAAACCUUCUAGUUAGAGGUAGAUGGUGAAGCGCACACUGGGGUCGCCUAGCAACUGCAAGCUUGCUCAUGUAUUAUCUGUAUCCUGAUUGGGUGUCUGGGCUGAGAUAUGGUCACACCCAGUAAUUGGUGUCCUAUCAGUCUAGUGGAUAAGUCCACUAUAGGUCUUUUAGUAAGAAGGUGACAAGUGGAUGAAUGUUGAUCCCCAGUAAAUUUAGAUUCAUUCAGGGACUUUUGAAAAUGCUGUCCUUAGUGUUUUACUUCAAUCUCCAAAUGGAAUAUACAUUCAAAUGAGACAUGUUUAUUCCAAUACUUUUUAUAUGCUUCCUAGAGCAAUGGGGAGGGGCUUUGGUUCAGUAGUAGAACAUCUGCUUUGCAUACAGAAGAUAUUGAGUUUCAUUCCUUAGCAUCUCCAGGCAUGAUUGGGAAUGUCUCCAGUCUAAAAUCCUGAAGAGUGAAAAGAGCUAGAUAGAGCAACGGUCUUACUCUAUAUAAGGCAGUUGUUGCAAUGGAAGAAACUGAGGGUGGGGAUGGUCAUUUUUAAAAUAAUUGUUUUACUAAAUUGUUUUAGAUCUUGAGCUAGAAACAGAAAUUCAGCUUUCAAAGUAUAUACAGUAUAUCAUGCAAGUAUACACGGUCCCUAUGUGCACUUGAUCAACAGUGUUGGUGUUAAUUCUUCACUUUUUAACAUUAGCGGGAUCGUUUCUAUGAUGUAAUUCUCUCAGCAUAUCUACCAGCGUCUUCAAAAUUAAUUCUAUGCAUUUGACACUUUUCAUAAACUCACUGUGGGCUAACAUGUCAGAGUUCUUAACUUGGAUUUAGUACCACUCAUAUGUUUGGCCACACAUUUAUAUCAGUUUUACACCAGUGUUCCUAUGGUGCCUUCCCUUAAGGAAUCCUGUGAAUUGUAGUUUGAAGAGAAUGAUGAGAAUUGUCUUAUAAAUCCCUAAACAUUCAUAUAUAGCCACGUAGAGAACAAGAAUGAAGACAACUAUAAUUUGUUAUAUAUAACAAUUGUUUAUAGACAAGGGGUGAUUCCACACUAGAUGUUUCAGUGUGGGACUGCCACGCUCUAUUCAUUCACUUUCUAUUUCAUUCAUUCAUUUUAUUUGUAUACCUCUUUUCAACACCCUGGGAAUGACUUCAACAGGCCUGCUAAACCAGGUGAGAGUAGCCAAGGGGUCUCAAAUCCCCAGUGAGUUAGGGACUUCCCCUGCAUGCAAAGACAUGCUCCGGUGGAUUGAGUGGACAAGACUAAUAGCGCGUCCAACAGUCAAGAAGGUGGUUUCUGCAUGUGCUGUGUAGAGGGAAGUGAGCAAAUGGGGUGCAUCCACCUAGGAGAAAGAAAACUCUGACCUUCAACCUCUGCUGCUUUGCGGGAUAUUUUUGGGAGAAGAAAAGGCUAAGGAGUAAACUAUGGUUACCAGAUGUCCCCGUUUCCUGGGGACAGUCCCCGGAUUUACAAAUCUGUCCCUGGACAAAAUACGUCCCUGGAAUGUCCCCGGAUUUCAUAUAAUGUCCCCGGAUUUAUAUUUUAAGUGUUGUAGAUUUAUUAGUAGGGAAUGAACGUUGCAUGAUUGGUUCAACGGCACAAGACACAACAUAUAGGGACUUCCAGCAAGGCAAAAUGGCGGGUGCCACGGCAGCGAGCAGCUUCUGAAGCCAGCCAGAGCCAACUGCACUAUCAGGUUGGCUCCAGGCUGCUAAGACUGCCGCUGCCGAGGGGGAACCGGGGAUGCCCGGCAUGUCAACUGGGGGAACCGCUGACACACACACCCCCAUGACCCAAAUCGAGCUGGGAGUGAGAGUGUCCGGCCACCUGGCCGACUGCCCAGCGGCGCUCCGGAGCCGACACAGGGAGAAGAAGGAAAGGAGAAGGAGAAGGGAGAGAGAGAGAGAGGAAGGAGAAAAAAAGAGGGGAGCCCUGACCUUGCCACGCUGCCGCCACCACCACUGAGGAAGAGAGGUAGCAGAGCACCGGGAGGGCAAGGACACAUGGCCGAGCCCAGGCCUGACCGAGCCUACUCCAUGGCAGGUAGCGCUCCAAGAGAUCAUGUCGGGGCCCAGAGGAAGGCCACGUGACAGAGGAGACCCAGAAGAGAAGAUAUUACUUCUUAAUUUUAAAAAAAAAGAAUUUUUUUUUGUUAAAAAAAAAUUAAAACAUUUUGUCCCCGGAUUAUUUGAAAAAAAUCUGGUAACCUUAGAGUAAACCCUCCACAAAUCUGGAGUGGAGUCCCUAAGACGGUUGGCUGGCACCUUGCACCCCUCCUUCCAGCAACUCCUGGAGUCAAACAUCUUGCUCUGCUUUCCUUCGGACCACAUCAGUGAGGCUGAGACGGGGUCUUGUCAUCUGGGCAGCCCAAGACCUCCAUACACACUACCUAGGCUUGCAUCCUGGGGAAGUCACUUCAGUGCUGGUAACUCAGUGGUUUGACAUCACCCCCAGAGGCACACUCCAUUAUCUCUUGAGAUAGCCAGAUGCUAACAACAUACAUGGCACAUACAUGUGCAAAUCUACACACACACAUCCAUACACAGCUGCCGCAGGAAAAAAUAGAUCUCAGGGGAGAGGGAAUUAUAACCAACACUGAACUCGUAGAGCAUGAGGAAUCAUAGAUGCCAGUAGUGAACUUAUUAUCCCAAAUGUAGAUGUUUAUCUAGCCCACAUGGCACCAUCCAUGGUAAAGAGGGAAGUAUCAGCCUUGGGAAGACCUCAAGGUUUGCAGAAGUGCAAAAAAUAUUUAGGGGGAAAACUAAUAUAUUUAGCAAUGGUAAUAUGAGGAGGGAGUACAAUCCAACCCAGUGAAGAGUGAACUUUCUGUGCGGUUACAGAACACUGACUUCUUUUGUGUUCUAGAGUUGGAAUGUUUGCAAAUGGGAGGUCUAAGAUGACCAAUCUGGACAGGGAACACAGACCCUUUGUGUCCCUAUUUUCCAGAGACAGUCCUGGAUUUAGAGAAGCCAUCCUGGUUUCUGAUUUGGUCCUGGAAUGUCCUGCUUUUUCUUAGGACAUCACUAUUUUCAUCAGAGAAAUGUUGGAGGGUAUGGUAGGAUGUCCCUGUUUUCAUCAGAGGGUAUGGAGUUAUGUAACCCCUGAGCCAAGGAGAUAACUAUACAACCUUUAGAAGACAUCUGAAGACAGCCCUCUAUAGUUUUAUUAUGUUUUUAUAUACAUGUUGGAAGCCGCCAAGAGUGGCUGGGGCACCCCCAUCAGAUGAGCGGGGUAAAAAUGACAAGGUGUGGUCAUUUUGUAUGGUUGCAUGUCCCUAUUUUCAUCAGAGAAAUUUUGGAGAUAAUGGGAGCAAGCUCUUGAACCAAGAGGCAGGGAAAAUAGGUCUGAAUAGGAAGGAGUGGAAAAGGGGACAGAAUAAGGGGCUUAACGCUUAAUAUUAUCUAAAUCCGUUAUGUAUAUUUAUGCACUAGGAAAGAACCUUGAAAUGACAGGAGUUACCUUUUCUUUUUGCCCACCCAACACAAACAAAGGAGCUUGUGACCACCUUCAGUUGUUUUACUACAUCAAAAUUCAGUUGGUUUAAGUUCGGAUGUUCCAGGUGCACUGAGGUGAAAGUAGCACUAAAUAACAGCCUGCUUGUGUCUGACAUCUUUGGCUUUGACAGCUUCAGGUCUAUAAAUGCAUCAGUCCUUCUCACUGAAUGAGCAGAAGGGAAAGCACUGACCCCAGAACACUGCCCAGCAUUAAAAAAUGGAAGGUAAAAAAGGCAGCAUUCCCACUUGCCUGCCAAGAUGUUUAGUGCCUUAGUAGCAAUGUGGGAAGCUGACGGUGUAGUACCGAAUUCAUCUUUCCACAUUAUCUCAAAAAGGGGGGGGGGAAUAAGGCAAGUUCCUUUACAUCUUACUUCAGAAGGCUCUUUUCCCAUAGCGGCAGAGCAGGCACGGCUGAUCCCCUUCUUUUGGAGCUUGGCUGCAAGGCCUGAGAACAAAAUGGUGCUCCCUCAUUCCACAUACAGAAGCCAAGCAUACUGGCAGUUGCAUCUUACUUCAGUCUUAGUUCUUAGUCUUAGUUCAGCACUGGAGCCAGACAGUGUCACCUGCUGCACCUGAGGGCAGAGGGCUGGCUGAGGAGGUGCAGGUCACAUCCAGCUCUGUCCUCCAACACAUUGCUGCUGACCUGUCCCCUCCCAGCACCUGUAUCUUGCUUACCCUUCCAGGAUUAAUUCGGUCCCCAAUUCUUCCUUUAUGCAAUUUCUCUCAAAUCCAUCAGUUUAUAUUCACCUCAUUCUGAGAGACCAGCGGGGAGGGGAGUCUGUCGCAGCAGCAGGGGGAGACACGUGUCUCUUCACCAGCCUGACUCCUCUCUGCCUCUCGGCCUCCCUUCUCUCCUGCUCCACCUUCUGAGUCUGAAAUUCCCUCCGCCACAGACUCUUCUUGCUCACUAAGCCCUGUUACCCCUUCAGUUUCUGACACCUCCCCCCCAGGUCUUUCUUCUCCAUGUGACUGCUCAUUGUUGUCCCACCACCACUCCCUGGCCUCUGAGCCUUCCUUCCCCAGCUGGUUCCUCUGUGUCCAACCAGUCCUGGACAUAUCUAAAGUUUUAUUGUGAAAGCCCAUCUCAGCACUGAGAAUCUCAUUCAGAAAAGCUAUGUGAAGAAACUUCACAGGCAUCAGACUGGGAAGAAGUGUGACAUUACCUUGUGUAAACACAUGCAGUUACAGACACGCUUAUCGUGAUGUAAUUGCCUCCAAAGAGGCUAUUGACAGACACAAAGCAUUGAGAAAACAACAGCAGCAGCAGAUUCAAGGCAAGACUGGAUGAUGUAAUCUGUAAGCAAGUUGAGCUAUUGGCUAGGAAAAUUGCUAUGCGGUGCUAAUUAUAUGUGUUGGUCAAUCUAAUCAGCAGUCAUUGCCAUAUUAGGCUUUUUUAAGUUAGGAAAAAUAAAUGUGCAAAGAGUGUCAAGUCUUUCUCUCACUGGGAGGGUAAACCUGUGUCUGAAUUUCACCACUCCGGAAGAAAAGUGAAGACUCACAGGACUAAAUGCUCUUUCAUACAAAAGAAUUCCUUCUACAUAGGAAAAUAACAGACGGUACUAGAUAAGUGUAAAGAAGCCUUCAGUCAUGGGAUUCUCCGCAUCUGCAGGCUGAAUUGGUGCAACUCUUUUCCCCCACAAUAUAUUUACCACCCCGUCAGUGAGAACUAAGAUGCUGUGGUUUAAAGUGGUCUUUAUAUAAAAUAGCAACUGAGACACAACAUGAGAGUCAGUUAAUUUAGAUAUGACACAGAAUUUAACAAAGCAAGCUUUGCUAUGGUUUAGCCUGACAGCUACAUUUACGAAAUGUGGUUUGUGAUUGGCUGGCAAAUCAGAAAGCUGGUUUUGAGCUGGCAUUGCAAACCAUGAUUUUCUUAUUUAUGGCUUGGUGUGAUGUCUGAAUGGACUAAUGCUGAACAGAUUAAUCUGUGAUUAGUGCACUGCAAACCAUCGUUUAGAAUGCUAUCUGUGAACUUAGUCAAUUUCUUCAUCUUGUGUAAAUACCCACCUCCCUUAAACAGAAGGAAGACAAAGACCAGUGUUCUUUCUUGGUAUUCAUUUAGAUUCAGUUAUCAUUACUUUUGCCUUAGGCAUAAGCUUUGAAGCCAAAGUCCCCCUCUCCCCACACCAAAUAACCACCUAGAGAGCAUUUGUGUUCCACCAGCAAGUGGGGGAAGAGCUGCAGCAGAUAUUGAUGUGGGGAGGGGGAGUCUAGUUUCUCUGUCCUGUACUAGUCCACCACUGAAAGUCCCUCGCUCCAAACACUGCUUUUCCCUAACAGAAGUAGCCUUUGUGAUUAAGUUGCAAACCUCUUCUUCACCCCCCCCAAGCUCCUAAGAAGGGAGAGAAUCUCUGGUCCAGUCAGGGUGGAAGAAUGAGGAGAAGUUUUCCCACUCUCACUUGCUGCCUUCCCAGUAAGAACUGUCUCACCCGUGCCAGUAAUUAUUUAAGAAAACAAUAUGCAUAGCCUGUUGGCAUCUGUCUGUCUCAAGAGACAAUGGAGUAUGCUUCUGGGGGUGAAAUCAUACCACUGUGUUACCAGCCCUGGUGACCUCCCCGGGGCAUAAGUCUGGGCAGUGUGUCUAGAGGUCCUGGGCCACCCAGAUGACAAGACCCCCCCCAUGUGGUCCAAAGGAAAGCAGAGCAAUACGUUUGGCACCAGCCUGGCUGCAGGAGUUGCCAGAAGGAGGCAGACAAGAUGCCAUCCAACUGACUUGGGGACUCCAUUCCAGAUUUGUGUAGGGUUUACUCCUUAGCCUUUUCUUCUCCCAAAGCAGCAGAGGUUUAAGGUCAGAGUUUUCUUUCUCCUAGAUGGGCUACCUUCCCAGGUGGAUGAGCCUCACCUGCUCCUCACUUCCCUCUACACAGCACAUUUAGAAACUGCCUUCUUGACUGUUAGACCCAUUGGUCUCACCCUCCCAAUCCACUUUGCCUGCAGGGGAAGUCCCUAACUCACUGAGGGUUUGAGACCCAUCAGCUACUCUCACAAGGGGUAUCACCUCUGGUGGGAUACAUGUCAUGCUCUUUCUAGGGUAGUUUAUCCACCUAUAGUCUCCAGCCUGCACUCAGCUCUCACCUGUGGCUCCUUGCCGCUCUCAGCAGGCAGCAGCGCUCACACUCCAGGAAUACAUAGCUAUAUGCUCCAUAAUUAAGGAAACAUCUAGUUUGGCCCUCAGUAACCUGUGCAACGUAGACACUUGUCUCAAUCACACACCACAGUUUUCAGUGUAUGCCUAAAAAGGCAAUGCCCUACUUGGGUUUAAGGUUUAAGAAGCCGUACCACGUCUUCCUGUCCUCUGAGUCAUUUUGAGACAUGCUGAGAUGAUUUGUUUUUUUAAAAUAAAAUGUGGAGGAACACACACCCAGAAUUCCUUGCAGCAUGCUAUUUGAGCCUGAGAUACUGGGAAAGCAGGGAAGGACCCACUUCUGCGGUAAUGGGAGGGCUCCCACACAAGCUAACUUCAGGCGUGGCUAGAUGGGGCAUUGAAGGAGCCUGGGAAAGCAAAGGAGGCUGUUGACGGGCACAUGGGCUGAGGCUCUGCCUGGGGGGCAGGGGGGGCUGAUUAAAUUCCAGGUGCUGCUGAGUGAGCGUUGAAGGGUAUGAGAUCAGCUCUACUUGGCUUGGCAGCCUUGGCAGAGCCAGGAUCCGGCUGAUGCGUUGGAACCUCUCAGGUGCUCGGAAUGCAAGUGUCGUGCCUGAACCUGAUCGUAUGUGUUGGCAGCCAAGCUGAGGAUUAGCAGGAGCAGCUGUGGAGAGCAGCUCUGGGUGUUUCAGAGACUAGCAAAAGCACUGGAACACCCAUGAUAAUUCUGCAAACUUUGUAGGUGACGGAGAUGUCAUUCUUAAGUAUAUGGUUCUCCGUAGUAUUCAUUACAAAGAGGUUGGCUAUGAAAAUUUCCCUCUGCUUUCUUCUGGGCUUGUUGGUACUCUGCAAACAAACAUGGGGGUGGGGUGGGGGAGGCAAUCUAAAUCCCGUGCUUGGAAAACAGAAAUUCAGUACUAAAAAUAAACCGCGUUAAUAAAAUGUUGGUAGAUCCAUAAAAUUCACCUUAACGCCUUAGGGCACAGCUACACUGCCAACCUGUACCGGUUUAUACUUGUUCCUGUUUCAUGGCUUCUCCCACUAACUCUGGGAAACGUAGCUUGGCCCGCCCGCAGCCUUCUAGCCGGCGUUGCAGCUCCGCCUUUCCUGGUGCAUUAACAGCCAGCCCGGGGAAGAGCUUGGGGAAGGAAAUCCUCCAGGUACAGGCUAAACCCUUUGCUUUCUCAUGGUUGCUUCUCUCUGGGUUUGCUGCUGUUUUGUUCCUGGGGUCCAGAUGUUAUUAUAGAGGGUCCUGAGCGUAGGAAGAGAGAGACAUUCAAGUCCGUGAAUUCUCCAAGGUCUAAAGAUAGAAUAUCCAUCGUGCCUGGGAGUCUCUCCUAGGGGAGCCGUAUUUUCCUUGUUACAGAGCAGGUCAUGGGGCUCACUCUCCUUUCUUAGAGAAGUCCUGUCAAUGGAAGAAACUGGGAAACAAGUUGCUUGCCAUAGAAACAGGGAGGCUUUUGAUAUGGGACUGAGGGAACACCUCCCCUGUUGUUUCAGCAUGAGAAUCUUUUUAAAUACAGUAUAAAUAUAAAAUUCAUGUUCUGUUUUAUUUUAACCCAGAUUGAUUAGUUCAUAUAGAUUACAGUAUUUUAAAACGUAGUCCUGCUGCAACAGCUAUGGAGAAUGACCCCCUCGGUCCACUGGCGCACUUUUCAAAGUACCAGAGUAGGCUGCAGACCCCUCUCCUCGUGGCACAGCUGCUUCUGGUUUUUCCUCAUCAGCUACUUUCUCUUUCUGCUUCCAGGCCAAGACACUUUAAAGACUAGCAUAUUUAUUGGAACAAAGUCCCCUUUGUAGGAUGCAAUGCCAACACUGCUUUUGGAUAUCAGCACCAACUUGCUAUUUUUAUUUUUAAAUUUUAUGAUAGGCUGUUAUUGUAAAAUAUGGUAUAGACAUUUUUAUAAUAAACAAAAUGUAUAGGAAGAGAUGGAAAGAGGGAUUUGUUCUCUGGACAAUGCUUCUUUGCUGAUCUUGUUCGUGACUCUAACCUUGAGUUAUGAGUUGUUGGUUUUGCUUAUGCAUAUGCUGUGAAGUGGGAUUAAUGAUAUUGCUAAUAAGAGUGACAAGAGUUUCCUGGUUCCAUAUUAAUUCCUCAUCUGUGUUUCUUUCCUUCCAUCACUAAUAUUCUUGCUGUUUUAGCUCCCGUUUCAUUUUGGCUGAAAGGGAGUUGAAUUGCUGGUGUUAAAUUGAAAGGGCAGUGGAGUAGAGUGAGAGAAAUGAAGACUAAGAGAAGGCAGGGCAGUGCCUUAAGCCCAACCUACUCCAUUUGAAAUAACCACAGGGCACAGUUCUUAUAGAAUGGUAGAGUUGGAAAGGGAUCCUGAGGGCCAUCUAGUCCAACCCCCUGCAAGACAGGAAUCUCGGCCAAAGCAUUCACAUUAACAUCUUAGGUUGCAGUGGUUUGCUUUUAAAAACCCAAAUAUAGAAAACUAGCAUGCUGAGGAAGCUGGCCUGUCAACACUGGAACUAAUGGACCAGCCAGUUUUCUGUGAUGAGGGAAUCAGGCUAAUGUUGCAUGACUAGUCACUGCACCUUGCGUAGCUUGGAUCUGAGCUCAUCAACAGGGUGGCCUUUAAAUGUAUAUCAUCAAGUAAAAAUGGCGAGCCAAUUUCUGGAACUGCCAAAUGGGUUGUUGUUCUUGAAUGGUGCGAACUAUUCUCUUUGCUUUCAGCCUGCCAUUGCAAUGGGAAAUCCAGGCAGUGCAUGUUCGACAUGGAGCUGCUCAGACAAACAGGAAAUGGAUACCGGUGCCUCAACUGUGCCGAAAACACAGAGGGAAAUAAUUGUGAGCGGUGUAAGGAGGGCUUCUACCGCCAGGAACCUCGAGGACGUUGUGUAUCCUGCAGCUGCAACCCCAAAGGUAUGCAGGGACUGAGGGGCAGGUGGGAAAGCCCCUCACCCCCAAUCUUAUGGGACUGCAGCGUCUGGUGUGGUUCUACUGCUGAAUAUCUCUGUCUACACUCAACCCAAAUAUGUUGGCAAAAUAAGCCAGUUGUCACAAAUGUUCUGGCACCCUUACAGCCACUCACUACGUGGAGAAUUGGGGUUCCAGUGCAUACCCUGAGUUGAGUUCCUCUGAAUGAGAUCAGGGAGAGGAGAAGCCAAAAGCAGCUGUUCUCCUGAACACAAUCAAGGGGCACUUCCAGACUGUUGCUAUUUUCAGGUGGAAAUCCAGCUUGCACACUCAUAGUUGGCUAAGACGCCUUGUGCAACAAACUGCUUGCCUGAAAGAUUGGACUUUCUGCAAUAAGGAAAGUGAAGGUGGAAUCCACUGAGAAAUGUGGAGUGACACUUGCUUUGCCAUAACAUCAUCUAACCACCCUGCAAAUAAGUGAAGAUGAAUGCUCAAUACAUUACCUGUUUGGAAGCAUGCCAGGUCUGUAGGACUCCAAAAACUUGUUUUUGUUAUUGUGGAAUGGGGACCCGAAGGUAGGCCUCAAGGCCUCAGUGAGGUUUAUAAUGCUAACCACAAUCCACUUCUAUCCUAUUGCUGUUUUUAACUAGAUACCACAUUCUGAUGUGUUUUUCCCAAAACCAGCUUCAAUCUGAAUGUGAAGCAAAACAAAACAACCUAGCUGUGUUCUAAGCCGGUAAUGCGUACAGAGCCUACGUAGCUUGAAUUUUCUUGGUUAUUUGGGCCAGAAGGAAAAAUAGGCAGCAUCCGUCUCCCUUUUGGCAAAGUUUACUAUGUAGUCACUUUGUGCAUUGAUUGUUCCUGUGGAGCAGAAAUAGCACUGGAUAUCUUUGGUCAGCUGUGAGGCAAAAAUGGUGCCAGUGAUGUACAUCUGCUAAAGUGUUACAUCUAGAGAUUUGCAUAAUAUAAUGUGCUGAUCCCAGCACAAGUUUAGCAUAUCUUAGAAAUAUGAAUUUCUUCUAUCUAAAGAACAAAGCUCUGCCUCUCCUCCAUUCCAGCCUAGCUGUUUUCCUAGAGGGAAUCAUUAGCACAUCUUUUCUCCUCAGCUGCUUUAGAGCAAAGAGCUAGUAAUACACCCAAAAUGGAGACCUGUAAUACAAUUAUUUCUCAUGUGAUCUAAGUUAAAUACCUCGUGACAGCCCUACUUAAACCACUGGCUAUUAGGCUCUCUGCAGCUCCAAUGUUUAGCUCAGAGGAAUUGAGCUUUUAGCAGUACACAUCCAGACAUAUACAGAGUUAUUUGAUAGUUCAACGUACAAUUAAAUAAUUAUACUUAACAGGUUUUGUCUGUGCAAAUAGAAGAUUGCUGCUUUGUGCUUCCCCUUAUUUGAGCUGUAUGAACUUUAGGACAGCCUUUCUAGGUCCUUUUCCCUUCUGGAAGAAAGCAAUGGAGAUUUAGGGCCAAAGUAAUUGUGAUGCUGAUAAUGCCACUUGCAGGCAUGUCAGUUGAUUUUUAUCAAGACCACAGCAUGCAGGGACAUUUAGUCCUUUCCUCUCCUCCUGUGGUCCUGACAAAAGUAGUCUGGUCCUGCUAUUACCUCUGGGAAAGAAGCCUUCAUUGGCACCAGUGGAUACUUCCCUCCAGGGGCUCAUGGUGUGUGUGUGUGUGUGUGUGUGUGUGUGUGUGCUUGUGCGUGACAGAAAGAGAGAGAGUGAGUUAUGGGGAGUGAUUUUCAUCAGACCUGAAGCAAAGGAGGAAAGUGUUACCCAUCUCCUCCCCACAUACCAGUCCCAACAAAAAAUUAUUAAUUUUGUUCUAAAAACUGAUUUGAUUACAAGUUUAGCAUCAUUUCUAGUUUGGCCCUUGCUUUGCCUCUGUAAUAAUCAGUUUAUUUACAAAUUUAUAGAUUGGGUAGAUAUUUUGGGGGCAGAGGAACAAACUGCUUCUCUUGAAGAACCUCCAAGCAAUAGAGUCUACCAAUUCAAACCUGAACCACUGCCACUUUUCUGGCAAUAUUCCACAAAACCAGGUUUCAGCCUAUCUCAUACUGCAGAAGAGCAUCAUAUUUGUACAUGCCAAAGCAACUUUUUAAACGAAGUGUGCCUGAGUAGUUCAGCAAUGUGCCAGUCAUGACAAACCAAGCAGGAGAGGAACUUUGCACAAUGGAACUGAAUGACUACUGCAGCAACUCUCCUUGAGUUCCCUUGGAAUUGCUAUAAACCUGAUGAGAAUCAUAAAUAUUGACCCGAUUGCUGUCUCUACUACUCCUUCUUCACAGGUUCUUUCAGUGUACAGUGUGAUAACCAGGGACGGUGCCACUGCAAACCUGGUGUGACAGGUGAUAAAUGUGACCGAUGCCAGCACAAUUUCCAUUCCUUCUCAGAAUCUGGCUGCAGAGCUGCUGGGCAAAUACAGUAAGUGCUGUUGGGUCGGUGGAGCUGUUUGUUGCUGGCUAAUGUGCUCCAAUGAGGAGUGUGGAGCUUCAUUUGAAAAUGGUCCUUUGAUUUUCUCAGGAAUUGUGAUUGUGAUCCAGCUGGCAGCGCGGGCCAGUGUGUUUCAGGACGUUGCAUCUGCAAGGCAGCUGUUGAAGGAGAGCGAUGUAGCAGGUGCGUGCACAAAGAUUGCGUGGCUAAAUGUUUUCAUGGUGCUCAGAGUUGUCAUGAUCAAGGAAUCCACUUGGUAGCUCAAGUUGCUCUUUCACUUAGCAUACAAACCCAACAGAAAUGUAGCUUUCUCUCUGACUCAGAAAUGGAGGCUAUGUGGAUUGAGUUCAGCGUGCAAGCAUGGAAUGUGGAAUCUAGUGCCAGUGUUUUGGAUACUGAGAACUUCAGUUUCCGCUGAGAAAGCAAUGUGUCUUCUGUGAUAUUUGGAAAUGUAGGUCUGUGGUGUCUGGUUGGCCAGAACAGAGCUUCAGAAGCCAGGAAGGGGGUUUUCAGUCAAUGCACAGCUAUACAACUUUCAGCCUUCAUCCUUGCACUUCCCCAUCCUCCUGCCUCUUCUGCCCACUUAACCCCAAUCUCCAUUCCAUUCGUAUUAUUCCUUCCUUUCAUUCUUGCCUUUUGCUGUGUGCUGGUUCAAACAUCUUUUUUUAUUUUAUUUUUGCAUUUGUAUUAGUUGCUUUGGCAUGUAUGGGGUGUUAAGGGAGGGGUAGUACCUCUGGUGCAGGAUACGUCACACUCCUUCUGGGAUACUUGGUCCCCCUGUGAUUCCCAGCCUGCACUCACCUCUCACCUGUGGCUUCUAGAAGCUAUCAGCAUGUGUCAGGAACAACUUUGACUUGACUGACCAGCUAAACCAGGUGAGGGUAGGUUUGGUCCUGCUCAUACCAAAACCACAGGCACUAUACAUGCUGACCAGAGGGGAAAGCCAGUUGACAGCAAACCCAACCUAAGCCUAUUACAUAGCCAGUUCAGUGCAUGAUGGGCUAGUAAAACAGACUGACUUUGCAAUGUGGGCACUGCUAUGUCAUUAGUUGUGGUACUGAUGAUAACUGGAAUUUUCUGUGCUAAUCUGGAAAGCAGCAUAGCAUACCCUCCAACAUUUCUUUGAUGAAAAUAAGGACGUUCUAUUCCAUAAUGAUAAUUUUAAUAUUUAUACCCCACACAUCUUACGGGGUUGCCCCAGCCAUUCUGGGCAGCUUUCAAUAUAUAUAAAACAUUAAAUGUUAAAAAAAACUUCCCUAUACAGGAUUGCCUUUAUGAAGCUCAGGGGUCGGAUAAUUCCAUACCCUCCAACAUUUCCCCAAUGAAAAUAGGGACGUUCUAAGGGAAAGCAGGACAUUCCAGGAUCAAAUCAGAAACUAAGACAGCUUCUCUAAAUCAGGGACGUCCCUGGAAAAUUGGGACACUUGAAGGGUCUGGCGUAGUGGUACCCCACAAUGGGCCACUGACAAAUAAGUAAUGGAAAGUAAAAAAGCGUAACACUUUUAUUUCUGAUUUAAUGGCAGCCCUGACUCACGUCACUGUUUGAGUCCAUGCUGAGGCCAAAAUGGCAUGUGCACAAGUUGCACUGAGCUCAGCACAUCACAGAUCCACACCUUACAUUAAAAAGCACAUCCAGCACACAUUUAAAUCUCAUGACACCCCACAAAGAAUCCUGUGAACUGCAGUUUGUUGCUGAGAAUUAUAGCUCUGUGUGGGAAACUACAGUUCCUCGGGUGCGUUUGGGGAAGUAAUAUACUUUAACAGUGUGGGUGGCGCUGUGGUCUAAACCACUGAGCCUCUUGGGCUUGCUGAUCAGAAGGUCGGUGGUUCAAAUCCCUGUGACAGGGUGAGCUCCCGCUCCUGCCAACCUAGCAGUUCGAAAGCACGUCAAAGUGCAAGUAGAUAAAUAGGUACCGCUGCGAUGGGAAGGUAAAGGCGUUUCUGUGUGCUCUUAUUUCUGUCAUGAUGUUCCGUUGCACCAGAAGUGGUUUAGUCAUGACCCAGAAAACUGUCUGUGGACAAACAUCGGCUCUCUCAGCCUGAAAGCAAGAUGAGCGCCACAACCCCAUAGUUGCCUUUGACUGGAUUUAACCAACCAGGGGUCCUUAACCUUUUUUACUUUAACUGUGUGUUUGAUGUGCUUUAAAUGAAUAGUGUGUAUCUACUCUCAAAUCCACAUUUUCACCAGAUUAUAGCACAGGCUAGAAUCCUGUUUCUGUACCUUCUGGAGCAGUUACCUCGGUGCCUUUGUGUGUGUGGUGAGUGCCAGUCAUUCUGUCAUGAAGUCAUCACUUGAACAAGAAUGGUAGCACAGGAUUUGUAGUAAUGGCUGACAUCAGAGCCAUCAAGUUUUUAUUGGCUGGAGGAUGCAGCUAUCCUGUCACAGCAGAUAAAGCAGAGGUAUCCGGAUUGGAAAUUCAGUAUGUCAGCUUUCUGUGUGUGAAUAUGAAUGCACAAGAGAAUAAUUGUGUGGUGUGUUAAUUUAUCUCUUGCACAGUUGCAAGCAGGGCUAUUACAACCUAGAUGCAGGAAACCCAGAGGGCUGUUCUCGAUGCUUCUGUCAUGGGCACUCAACAACAUGUUCCAGCGCAGAAAAUUAUAGCAUCCAUAAAAUCACCUCCACCUUCGAGCAAGGUAAAAAACUUCACUGGGGUUUGCCUUUUCUCUUUUUCAUGAUCAAUACACUUGGUGUUACACCGAACUUUCAAUUUUACAUUUUCUAUUGAUGCAGGGAAACAUUAGCUGCCUCCAUUACCGGACUGAAGUUUGUUUGCUGGUGGUGAGGUUUGCCAAAUGGAGAAGCAGAGCAAUAGGACUAAACAAUCGCUUUAUUUCUUAAAAUCAGCAGCAUAAUAUUAUGUCAGUAACAUGAUCUGGGAAGACUUGGGUGAUCUUUAUGCAAAAUGCCUAAGAAAGUGGUUCCACUUAUAUUCUUUCUGAACCAGCAAAGCAGCUGGGAAAUGGCAAAGGAGCUGAAUCAGUGAUGAAGUCAUAAUGUAAAGGAAGAAGACAAAUGGAUCUGAGUCUUUGUGUGGAAUGCAAAAAUACUUAGCACUGGCCUUGGGUCAAAAUUGCUAACUUUGUUCCAGUUUAUACAAUCAGAAAGUUUAGAAUAGCUUUUCUAGGAUCAGAAGAGUUUUAAGGAGAUGCAACUGGAAUGACAGAAACAUUAUUUAGCAUGGUGGCUGCACAGCUUUCUCUUGUCCUCCCAUGGCCAUCUUUGGUCAAACAGGUUGUGGAGGUUUCUGAUGCAGUAUAGAAACAUGUUGGCACAGAUGAUAAUCAGUGUUUGCACAUAAUGGACAAUGCUGGCUCUGGCACACUACCUUCAUCUCUCUAGAAAACUGUUGUGUUUCUCCAGCUCUGGAAUGCACAUUGCAGCUGUAGAGUGCAUGUCAGAAAUGCCCCACCCCCAAAGUAUUGCAGAUAGAAAAGGAGCAUAUUGGGGAGAAGACGAGGUUGAUUCUCCACCCCCACCCCAAGGUGGGGGUGUUCUAGGUGUGGGGAAGGUUUCUUUUCAUGGGUCAAUAUUCAAGUGCUCAGCACUCUCACCGGCAACUUGAAGUACUUGCUACAAUCCAGAAAGCUUUGCUGCCUGAUUCUACUUACUGUAAAAAUGGGUCCUGUGACCUCUUGUGAUACAGUGCUUUCCUAGUCUGUCAUGAGCUUGGAGACAUGGCAUAUCUUUCCUUCGGACUGUGUAAUAUGAAAAGAGCUGUUUGUUGCUUCUUUCCUCCAGUCAUAUUUCCUGAAUCGUUGGGUAUGGUUGGAUUUCCAGCUCAUUUUAAUUAGCUGUUGGUUUCCUUGUAUUCCAGGUGAUGACGGAUGGCAAGCUCAAGGAAAUGGGUCUCCUUUGCAGCUCCAGUGGUCUUCACAUUAUAAAGAAGUUUAUGUGGCAGCAAGAAGGCCAGAUCCUAUCUAUUUCAUGGCUCCAGGUGUGUGUUUCCAUAUCCCAUGCUGAACAGGAGCAGCCACAAGGACUAUUGAACUUCACUAUUUAUUUGCCACAAUUAUCAAAUGUCUCACAUAUUGAUGCCUGUUGGUCCACUUGCAUGCAGAAAUCCUAGUACAGAUUCUUGCUAGCUUGCAGACAACUCUAACACUCAAGUUAGAACAGGAAUUGCUCUUAAUUCUGGAUAAUUUCCUUCUGCCCCAUUUUAAAUGUGUGUUGAAAGUGUGCUUACAAGACUAGGUUGAAUUUCCAGAAAACAUGGCAUGGUUUUAUGACAACAGAUCAGAGGUAGGCAACCUAAGGCCUGUGGGCCAGAUGUGGCCCAAUCGCCUUCUUAAACUGGCCUGCAGGCGGUCCAGGAAUCAGCAUGUUUUUGCAUGAGUAGAAUGUGUCCUUUUAUUUAAAAUGCAUCUCUGGGUUAUUUGUGGGGCAUAGGAAUUUGUUCACCCCCCCCCAAAAAAUAUAUAGUCUGGCCUCACAUGGUCUGAGGGACAGUGGACCAGCCCACAGCUGAAAAAGGUUGCUGACCCCUGCAAUAGAUCCAUUCAUUAUAUCCUACCCCCACCCAUAAAUCCUGAAAUCCAUGGCUGGAAUGUCACUUUCCUCAUGUCUAGAAUCAUGUAAUUGUAGAUGACCCAAGGGUCAUCUAGUCCAACCCCCUGCAAUGCAGGAAUCUCAGCUAGAGCAUCCCUGACAGUUGGCCAUCCAACCUCUGCUUAAAAACCUCCAAGGAUGGAGAGGAUGGAGAGUCCACCACCUCUUGUGGGAGUCUGUUCCCCAGCCAAACAGCUCUUACUGUCAGUAAGUGUUUCUGAAUAUUCAGAAUCUCCUUUCUUAUACUUUGAAGCCAUUGCCUCGAGUCCUACCCUCCAGAGCAGAAGAAAACAAGCAUGCUCCUUUCUCCAUGUGACAGCCCUUAAGAUAUGGCUAUCAUAGCUCAGUCUCCUCUUUUCCAAGCUAAACAUAUCCAGCUCCUUCAAGCACUCCUCAUAAAGCUAAGUUUCCAGACCCUUGAUAAUCUUGGUCACCCUCCCCUGCACACGUUCCAGCUUGUCAGCAUCCUUUUUAAAUUGUGGUGCCCAGAACUGGACACAGUAUUCCAAGUGUGGUCUGACUAAGGUAGAAUAGUGGUACUGUUAUUUCCCUUGACCAGGACACUAUACUUCUGUUAAUACAGCCUAGAAUAACUUUCACUUUUUUGCUGCUGCAUCACACAGUUGACUCAUGUUAAGCUUGUGAUUCACCCCUAGAUCCUUUUCAUGUGUACUGCUAGUGAGCCAGAUGUCCCCCAUCCUAUCUGCAUCUGGUUCUUCCUGCCUAAGUGCAGAGCCUGACAUUUGUCCCUAUGGAAAUUCAUUUUGUUAGGUUGGGCCCUGUUCUCCAAUCUGUUAAAGUAAUUUUGAAUUCUGAUUCUGUCUUCUGUGCCAUUAGCUACCCGGCCCCCCAGUUUGGUGUCAUCUGCAAAUUUGAUGAGAAUAUCUACAAGAAAACAAUACCCAAAAAGAUGUCUAUAGCGUCCUUAAAAUGAAUACAAUUAAGGAGUACGGGAAAGCAAAGAUGACCUUCUCAAAACAGAAAUAAUAAAUCUUCAAAAUGCACCUGUGUGCACUGAAUCAUUUUGGUUGAUAUGAGCUGCUUUGAAAGAUUUUUAUCUGAUAAGUGGGAUUCAAAUUAAAUAAAUAAGCAAGCAUUUAACCAUAAAAUUAGAACCCACUGACAGCCACAUUUUUUUUCUUUUUUCUUUUUUCUCCAGAUAUUUACAGGCUACCCGUCUGAGUUCAAUUCAUGAAUGGUGGUUCACAUAAUAAAGAUUCAGUACACUAUCCACAAUACAUAAUAUACAAACACAAUAUAAUUCUACAACAAUCCCCCAAAUUAGAAAACCAACAUUAAUUUUAAAAAUCCAUAUGCAGUCCAUGAUACAAAGCAAACUUUUCAUAGCAAAACAAUUAAAGGAAACACAUCUCAGCCUUCAUAGCAGUCAGUCACAUGAAACCCACCUGAAACAGGUCUUCAAAGCUUUUGGAAAGAAUUGGAGUGUGUUAGCCUUCUGGUAGUCAGAUGAGAAUGAGUUCCAGAGCUGUGGGGCCACCAUAGAAAAGGCCCUUUCACUUGUGUCAUCCACAAUGACCUUAGUUGAGAGCAAAUUUUGAAGCAUUCCAUUGUUAGUCUUCAUGUUCAAGCAGGCUGAUAUCAAUGGGAUUUAGGUCAUAGGUAUUGAUGGGGUCCUUUGAAAUUCUCCUUCCUGUUAUACCGAAGGCUAGUCCUGUCAAAUCAAGGUCUACAGUGGUGCAGGUCACAUUUGCAUUUUACUUGCAAAUGCCACAUUUUGACCUUGUGUUUCUUUUGUGUGUAUUUUGUAGCCAGGUUCCUUGGGAACCAUCAACUGAGUUACGGCCAGAAGCUGUCUUUUGAUUAUCGUGUGAACCGACCUGGACGUCACCCUUCACAGCAUGAUGUAAUACUGGAAGGAGCUGGUUUAAGAAUCACUGCCCCACUCAUGCCUAAUGGAAGGAUGUUGCCUUGUAAAGCCAGCAGGACCUAUACAUUCAGGUAAAAUGCUUAGGACUUAAGAGAACACUCAUAUGUCAAACACUCCAGUGCAACUCAAAGCAAUGAUAGACAAGUUUUCCUCAAAAGUAGCUUGCCCUCUGCUACCAAUCUGCAACGUGCAACUUCUGGAGAUUUGCACAUGCAUCCUUAGAUCAUGCUCUCAGUUCACACAAAGUAGAGUUGAGGCCCUCAAUUCCUAACCAGUGUCUGACAUGAACUGAAUGUGUACCUUGUACACGUCCCAGAAUCCUCUUCGAUGGGCAGCAAGUUGUCAGCACAGAAAGUGUUCCAAGAAGAUGGAAAGUUUGAAAACUGCUGGCUUUGGCUAUUGCUUACCCAGGAAGAUCUAGUUGCUGUCCUUCAAGUCAUGAAAAUAACAUCAGCAAAGCCCAUUUAAGCUACCUGAAUCAGAGAAGUUGCCUACAUCAAUUCCUGGUCCAUAAGGCCACUUUAUUUCUUUUUAACUUAAGUUGUCUUUAAUCACUUUUAUUGCGAUGGAUUCUAAUGCUAAUGAGCCCUCUCAGUGGAAGCCUUGCACAAGGACUCUUGCUUGCACAACAGUGCUUCUCCCCCUUGUGCCCCCUGCAUCCCCUGAAAUUAGCUCAAGGGGUGGUCAGGAGAACCCCCAGAACAACAUUCUUCUGUCUGGCAAACUGGAAUACUUGCGCAGACAGGAUUGGAAGAGUGUGAUGUUGAAUUCCAGCCAUUGUUGCUCACGUUGCAACAUGUUCUGAUGGUAAAAAAUAUCAUUAAGGAAACGCAAGUUGCACCCUAGGAUUACUGAAGAAAGCACUGUUUGUGAAGACCUAAAUGCUGAAUUUUGUAUUUGUUUUUGAUUUCAUUGAAUCUUGGAGUAAACUGAAUUUUAUGCUCCUUUCCACAUUCUGUGCUUCCUUGGUCACAGAGUGUUCUUGUUUUCCAUCUGAUUUGCAGUUCUGGCCUUUCCCUGUGAUCAGCAGUUCAACAGCCGUGUGCUGCAAUCUUCCAUGGGUCUAAAAUUCACUCCUAGUUGCAUUUUGUACACAAGUAUGGUGAUGCAGAGACUGCUCAUAUAACUUCUCGUGUCUUUCAUCACCUCCUACACUCAGGUUGGAUGAGCACCCAAGCAGCAACUGGAGCCCUAGGCUGAGUGGCAAAGAGUAUCGCCAGUUAAUUGGGAACCUGACAGCUCUUCGGAUCAGAGCCACUUAUGGAGACAGUGAGUUGGGCGUAGGAUAGUGAAAUCUGGGCUAAAGAAUGGAUCAUAUACAUUUCUCCUGAUUAUUUAUUACUUUACUGUUUCUGUCUUCUCUUAUAAACCCUACUUUAUAGUUGUUUCCUCUCUGCGGGUAAAUUGCAUUUCUGUGAAGGAUCAAAGGUAGCCGCUCAGGUGCCUGGUGCGGGGGGCUGUCCUGCAGCCGGGGGGGGGGGCAAGCUUCUCCUGCGCUUGGAGCCUCUCCGCCGCCUCCUCCUCAGCUGUAGGGCGGCAGAGGGAGAGGCAGUAGGCAGAGGCAAGUCCCAUGCUGCCAUUUCAGGCAGCGUGGAACCUGCAGGCACCUAAGCCACCACGUCACUCCUAAAAAGUUCCAUGAGCCCAUUUUUUAAUUUUUUAUUUUAAACUCAUUUUGUCAACCCCCCAGGGGGAACAAUAGAAUAUCUGAUUCCAAGACCGUCAGCAAACUACAGUUCCCAGGAUGCUUUUCAGGAAGCACUGAUGGAUAAAUUGAUAUAAAACAAAUGUACCAUGGUAGUGUAGAUGUGCCCCACAUCCGCUCCCUAUUGUCAGCUCUGUUCUGAUUUAGACAUGAUCCAGCUGAGAUACUGGGAUAUGUGGUAUUUUAUUAUGUUGUGUUCUUGGGGAUAUUCACUGCAAUGUUCUUCCUUUUUUCUUUUUGCUCAGGCACAGGGUACCUCCGUAAUGUCCUUUUGGAUUCGGCACAGCCAACCUCUGGCACUCCAGCAUCCUGGGUGGAGCAGUGUGUCUGUCCAGUUGGCUACCAGGGGCAGUUCUGUGAGAAAUGUGCCCCAGGGUACAAGAGAGAGGAUCCUGCUAGACUCGGUGCUCUCAGCGACUGUGUGCUCUGCAACUGCCAGGGAGGAGGAAUCUGUGACCCAGAUACUGGUAGGAUCAACCACAGUCAAAGAGCCUAUUAUUGUGGACAGACAGAGUGUUUAUUUAUUUGUUUGGGCAAUAAGCAGGUCUCUAAUAUAAAAACCAAGUAGCUCACUUAGGGCCAUUUUACACGGUGAUCCAGCUAGGGAUCUUGUUCAUGUGAUGGAAGAAUGGGCAUGAGAAGCUCCCACUUCAUGUACAAAGUAAUGUUUUGCUGGGAUGGCACAUGUGGAUAUGCCUGCAGUCAUUCAGGAUGUACGUAGUGCCCAUGUUGUUGCUAACUUGUGUGCACAUGGGGAGGUGUGUGAUGGAUUGUGUUGCAUAGAUAGGAUCCCCACCAGGAUGGUGUACGAGAAAACCCUCUGAGUCCUGAGAAUCUCAGUUGACUUCUAAAGAUUUCAGAAAGGAAAUUCAGUCCAUCGUGUCUUGAAGUUGACUCUGCAUUGAGAGUUCCUGGUAAAAUCUCAGCAGACAUAGUCCUGGAGGGGAUUUGGGUUGAUAUUUGUUGGGAUGGAGGUAACCUUCAGGCAUUGGAGCAACACAGCGUGGGAAAUGCUUUCCCAGGGUUACAUCCCGUGCUGCUGCUGAAAUGUCUAAAGGCCCACCGCCACAGGAGGAGGGCCACAGAGAUGCAGGUCUCUGCCUCUCUAUCACUGCCUGGCCCAGAUUGGAUGCAGUGGGUCAUAUCUAGUGUUAAUCACACUUAGACCCAUUGAAACCAGCAGCCCAUUUAUUUCAAUAGCUCCCAUACUGACAAAUCAUAGAAUUGUACAGUUGGGAGGGGUCUCAGGGGUCAUCUAGUCCAACCUCUGCAAUGUAGGAAACUUGGCUAAUGCAUCCCUGACAGAUGGCCAUCCAACCUCUGCUUAGACACCUCCAAGGAAGGAGAGUCCACAACCUUCCAAGGGAGACCAUUCCACUGCUGAACAGCUCUUACUGCCAGAAAGUUCUUCCUGAUGUUUAGUCAGAAUCUCCUUUCUUGUAACUUGAAGCCAUGGGUUCAAGUCCUACCUUCCAGAGUAGGGGAAAACAAGCCUGCUCCAUCUUCCAUGUGAGAGCCCUUGAAAUAUCUGAAGAUGGCUCUCAUAUCUCCUCCCAGUCUCCUCUUUUCCAAGCUAAACAUACCCAGCUCCUUCAACCAUUCCUCAUAAGGCUGUCCAAUGAUUGGCGAUUGUCCGAUGAUUUCAUGAUGAGCCCUCAUCCCCCAUAAUUAUGUGUGUGUCCCCCCCCCCCCCGGGGCCUUUAUCCAUUAUUGAACUGCUGUGGGAUGAGCUCUCUCUCACACACAGAUAUUCCCUGCUCUUGCUGUAAUGUCUAUAGGGCAUAAUGCAAAGAACUGAAUUUAAGGUUGGAGGAAUGAGGAACUUGGGGAAUUGAAAUUGACAGAUCUUGCACACCAACUUCUACUUUAAUGUUCCCCUUUUCCGCACAGAAUCUUUACUUUACUGUUAUAUUUUCAAACAUUUAUCUAUGCAAAUGAAACAAACCUUAAAGCCAGGACUCUCAGGGGUCUAAGGCAAGGUGUGCAAAGAGCCUCAGGCAAUGUGAAACAUAUAUUGUAAAGCUCCACUCUAAUCAGCUCUUUUCUCUUUCUGCCUCCAUCCAGGAGAAUGCUAUUCUGGAGAUGAAAGCAGUGCCACCUGCCCAACUGGUUUUUACAGCUUCCCCUGGAGCCCACAGAGCUGCCAGCCAUGCCCGUGCCAAGGUGGCCAAGGCUGUUCGGUGCUGCCAGGGACACAGGAAGUCAUCUGCAGUCAUUGCCUUCCAGGAGCCGGAGGUAAAGCCCAUAUUCAGAAGGUUAACCAGACUGCAUGUUCUUCUUUCUGAGGCCAGCUUUUCUUUCCCUAAGGAAGGACAGGAGCAUAGCAAAAGCUGUGUUGUGUGCACUGUGUGUCCCAGGGCUAGACGUUCGUGACAGACACAGAUUUGUGAACCUGAAUCUCCACCACUUGUGCAAAAAUAUGCAGGGGUAAGAUGGGAUGUGGGAGAGGGGCAUUUAACUCUUUUCUGCACUCCCCUUGUCCACCCAGCCCCUCCCCAUCGGGAUUCCCAGCUGCAUGCUUGAAGAAAAGCGUUCAGCUGGGUGCUGAGAUUGCAGGGGAAGAGCCAUGUGCGGGAUAAUCGUUAAGCUUCCUUUACCCCACCACCCACCACUUCUUUCCUUCAAAUUGUACUUCCCACCACCACUUUUUCAAUAUUCUGUGGAGACUUGGAUUUCUAGGCCCAGGUCCUCGCUAUGCCUGUACUGUACCGUUUCAGAGAACAUGUAGGGCAGACUUCCUCAACCUCGGCCCUCCAGAUGUUUUUGGCCUACACCUCCCAUGAUCCCUAGCUAGCAGGACCAGUGGUCAGGGAUGCUGGGAAUUGUAGUCUCAAAACAUCUGGAGGGCCGAGGUUGAGGAAGCCUGAUGUAGGGGAUCAUGAUUAAAUGCACUGCAAUAAAGAAAAAUAAUGGAGAACAGAGGGAAGAGUUUUUGCCAAAAUGGGGGUGGGAAUGCACCCAUAUACUAUCCAUUCACAUAUAAAACUAGCAUUGAAGGGAGAAGACUAGAUUAUAACAUUUGCCCUGACAUCUGUUUUUCAGUGUGGAAGGAAUGCUUUUGCAUGUAGGCACAUUAGCCAUGUGAACUCAUGGCACCAACACAGGCAGACCUUGACUCAGGCAGGGAAAGAGAAGGACCAUAAUGAAAUCCACAUUCCCUACCUCCUGAUUCUCAUCAAAUUUAGUCAUUGCCAGUGGGCCUGAGCUCUAGGCAGCUAGACUGAAGAUGAACCAGGAUUUGCACCAGGGAACUGUAGUCAAGGGAUAAAGUCAGAAGUCAGGCCCAGAGAGUUAGGGCUCCUCCAGACUGGUGCAUUUUUGAAUGUGGCAUCACAUGGAUGCAAUAAAAGUACACACGAGGAAGCUUUGUACUGGAGCAUCCACACAUUAUUCAACUUUAUCAGUUGUUAUGUGGUGCUUAAUGUCACUGCAUCAUAGCUGUCUGGAGGGCCACUCUCACAUUAUAGCACAACUAAACCAGGAGAAACCUCUCCCCCCCCCCCCGGUGCCAUUUGUGGUACUUGCAACAAUUUUUGUGGACAGUUCAUAAGUGGAUUGUGGGAAUUAGGGGUGGAGCAGGACUGUAGGCACCCUGUGCUCAGGAUUGCCAGCAUCGUGUUCAGAGGCAGUUCAUGCAUUGCUUGUUCAAGGCAUCAUUUGCUUGUCCUUCCUUCUUCCCUUUCUUCUCAGGCUCUCACUGUGAGCUUUGUACCAAUGGCUAUUUUGGCGACCCCUUGGGUCAGAACGGCCAGGCACGUCCCUGCCAACCAUGCCAGUGUAGCAGUGAUGACCCAAAUGCUUCUGGGAUUUGCAACCACUUGACAGGAGAGUGCAAGUGCAAGGACGGAUUCUUUGGAAAUCCUUUAUCCAUCAACCCAGCAGAGAAAUGCCGAGGUAUACAUCAUCAUCUCAUGCAAGUCAAUGCUGGCUUCAAGGGCAUCAUUGUUACCAGCAAUGCACACCCAAAUGAUUUUAUAAGAAUUUGAACCAAACUGGGUUUGGAACAAUCGGGGGAGUCAAAGAGCUGCUUACAAACCUUUCCCUUCCAGGGAUAAAACGGCUCACACAAAUCACUCCUACUGUCACAUCCAAAUGCCUUACCUGGGUGGGUAAUGUAACUCUCUAACAAAGCUGUGACCUGCGGAGCUGCCUUUAGAUCAGGGCAGGGACAGACUUUGUAAUCUCUCUUAAUAUGGUGCCCUGUGUGAGAUCAAAAUUGGGCGCCCCAAAAUGGAUCCUCUCAAUUAUUAAUCUUCCUAGUUUUGUGCCACCUCAGCUCAGCACCCUGUGCAUGGGAACCAUAUGCACUGCCCUAAAUCCAGUGCUGAUCAGGGAUGCGGAGAAUGUGAUCUUUCAGAUGCAGUUAGAAUCCAACUCUCAUCAUUUCUGAUCAUUGACUGACUCCUGAUGGGAACUGGAGUACAGCAACAUCUGGAGGUUUCCAACUCCUGCUCUAGAUGGUUGAAGUUCCUGCAUCUGUUGGCAAGUCAGUCAAACACUCUGUUAGGGCAAGACACAGAAACUACUAAUUCUAUUGGGAGGUUGUAGCAUGUGGCCUUGUUAGGUGAAUCCCACCCUCUGACUUGAUCCCACACUUUUCAAAUUAAUGUUUGAAAAUAUGAGAGAUAAUAUGCAUUUUGAGAUACAUUAUGUUUAUCCGCUCCUGACCUUAUGCUUUUUCUUCCUCUACGCAGCUUGCAAUUGCAAUUCUGUGAGUUCUGAGCCAUCACGGUGCCACAGUGAUGGGAGCUGCAUUUGCAAGCCAGGGUUUGAAGGGCGGAGCUGCGAACACACCCGUUGUCCAGCCUGCUACAACCAAGUGAAGACUCAGGUUGGCUUUUCCCUCUUGGACUUUCGUUACCAAAGACUAUAGCUAUCAAUUGUGUAUGAAAUGUCCCCACCCAGCACCCUGCUCUCUGUUUUGUUGUUUGGGUGCAGAACAACUAGGAUUGUUAAUGCAAAACCUCCCACUGGAGAUGGGGGAGAAAUUGAGUUUGGUUCACAUUUUAAUGUAAGCCUAUCUAAUUCCAAAACAAUAUGCAAACCAAAACAAAGCUAUGCUUUGAAAUUCACACUGCUCCGAAUUUCUCAAUGCAGUUUUCCAACCAAAAAUAUGCAUUAGGGAAAGUGUGCAUAAAACUGCAUAAUUAGUGAAAAUAACUUUUAAAAUGGGGGCCUUGCAAACAGUGUAAUCUGCUGCCUGAUUAAUUGAGGGCAUCUGCAAUGAAUCGUGACAUGUUUUACUGGAACUAAUGAAUCUCAAAAAGGUUAAAAAAAUAAAUAAAGCUCAUUCUAUUUUCUUCCUGGAGAAUGGUCUGAAAGCACAAAUGCUAAACGCCCUGAGACCUCUGGGUAUAGAGUGGUAUAUAAAUUAAUUUAAUCAAUAAAUAUAAAUAUAAAUUUGUUAUUGUUUAGUCGUGUCCGACUCUUCAUGACCCCAUGGACCAGAGCAUGCCAGGCACUCCUGUCUUCCAAUGCCUCCCGCAGUUUGGUCAAACAUAAAUAUAAAUAUAUAAAUAAGCCAGCCAGCCAGCAAACAAGCAGGUCUGUCCCAGUAAACGUCUUGGAUGGGAUUCUCCUAGGAAUUGCAUGUAAAUUAUUUCAAUCCUUUGGAGGAACAGCAGAGCACAAAUGCAAUAAAAAAUAUUUAAGACAACAUCUAGGUAGUACCUUCUUUUAAAUUAUCGUUAUCAUAACCUGAUAACAUUAAAAUAUUAAUUAUUUAGAACUGGAAGCUUCUUAGGCACCUGUUUUGAAUCUUCCAGACUGCAUAUUUCUGAAGACUCUGGAGCUGCUGGCCAAGUCUUUGCAUGCUUUGUAUUCAUGUCUUUCCGUUCCUCGCUCACAGAGUUCUCCUACCUUGUUUCCAGGUAGACCAGUACCUCCAGCAACUGCAGGGCCUUGAAGUGCUGGCCUCUCAGGUUCUUACUGGUGGAGAGUCAAGAGAUAACGCAGAGCUGGAGAGGAAAAUGAGAGAGGCAGAGGAGAUGCUCCAGCAAGUCCUGAGGGAGGCCCAGAGCUUACAAGGUAACUUGAAGUCUUUCGAGAUCCCUUUGGAAUGUGACAUACCCUCCAACUUUCCUCUGAUGAAAAUAGGAACGUCCCAUUCCAUAAUGAGAAUUUUACUAUUUAUACCCCACACAUCUUACUGGGUUGCCCAGUCUGGGCAGCUUCCAACAUAUAUAAAAAUAUAAUAAAACAUUAAACAUUAAAAAACUUCCCUUCAGUCGCCUUGGCCGUGGGAUAACUCUAUACCCUCCAACAUUUCUCCAGUGAAAAUAGGAACAUCCUAAGGAAAAGUGGGACAUUCCAGGAUCAAAUCGGAAACUGGAACGGCUUCUCUAAAUCAGGGACGGCCCUGGAAAAUAGGAACACUUGGAGGAUCUGAUGCAAUUAUAAGAGAACUCAGGGAGAAAAGUGGCUGAGUGCAGCCACAGAGGUUUAAAUGUUUAUUUCCCCCCAUUUGAAUCAAUGGGAUUUGACAAUGCUUAAUUUUGGUUCAAUCAUGUCCACACACAAAAACAUCUGUACAGUGGUACCUCUGGUUACGAACUUAAUUCGUUCCGGAGGUCCAUUCUUAACCUGAAACCGUUCUUAACCUGAGGUACCACUAAUGGGGCCUCCCACUGCUGCUGCGCCGCCACCGCACAAUUUCUGUUCUCAUCCUGGGGCAAAGUUCUUAACCCGAGGUACUACUUCUGGGUUAGCGGAGUCUGUAAUCCGAAGUGUUUGUAACCUGAGGUACCACUGUAUCUAGAAAAAGUUCUUAAAAGCAAAAUGUUAACACACAACCCUCUUGAACACACAAUAUAUGAAAGCCUUAUUUUUCUAUCUCCUGGGACUUAAUUCUUUUAGAAGGCAGAAAAAGGAGGACUGCCAGUGGUAUAAAAGUGUUCUAAGAUGUGAUGGUUUUGUGAAUGUGUGUAUUCCCCAGCCCUUUAAAUUGGGGGUGCUAGGCUUUCAACCAGAGACCUCCUGCAUUCAGAGCACAUGCUAUGCCACUGAGCCGUGUCCCCCCCCCCCCACGGACUCUGCAAGCAGGGCACCCCCUCUUCUUGUUUGUGAAGGCAUGUACAUAUGUUAGUCACAAUCCACACCCGCCUGUAGUUUAUUGAGAAAUACAGCAUUUUAAUGCAUCCCCUCCCCCCAAAACCUUGAUCCAAUUUAAAAAUGUUAGCCUUGUAAAGACAUACCAUAUAUGCCCCUCUCUGCCCAGUGGUAUAGGCAGACAGCAGCUUGAAAACACAUCCAGCCAUACUGAUGCCUACAGUGACUGGCUCGUGUGUGUUGCAGUGUAGCCGGGAGCAGGCUACUUUGCUGCAUCGUAAGCCAGCCAUGGUCUUUCCCCUCAAUUCAUGAUUCAUGUCAUAACGUUAAGCAGUUUUCCAUGUCUGUGUCCAUUCUCUCCCCUGCUUCUGACUACCUAGUGUGGCAGAACUGAGAAUAUUCAGAGGAACUCUCCUCUUCUCAGUGGGGAUCUCCCCCAGGUUGUAUGAAUUGCUUCUCUGUUUGUCCACCACCAACCAUGCACCCAUUUAUGUUGCAUUCUCCAGCCUAAUGUCAAACGUUCUCCUUCCUUCAUGUCCAAGCUUCUGACAGGUCCUUGGGGAGCCGCCUGUCCAAGAUGAAAGUUCAAGAGUCCACCUACCGGACCCGGUUGGAGGAGAUCACGGAGACUGCCAACAGGUUGCAGUCUUUGGGUGGUCAGUACCAGAGCCAGGCAGAAAAUGCCAGGAAGCUUGUUGCAAGAGCUCGCUUGGAUUUGGAGCAGAGCAAGGCAAAGAUGGGAAGCAUGGCAAGUAUCUGCGUUCUGAAAUACUGCCUUGUGCAUUAUUGUCAUUUGCUAGUGAAAUGCCUAGCAAAGGGUGUGUGGUGCAAUGUAUCAUAUGUCUAUGGGACACGCUGCAUACCCCUUUUGAAUUCCUACCAGUGCUGCUCUGGCCUGCCCAAUGCCAAGGGUUUGGAGACAGAGAGAAGAAAUUACAGAGAAUGAGUAAAAACACUUUGAGAUGCACUGUUUUGUGACUGGUGGAGCUGAGAGGCUUUUAGCUCUCUGGUGGGCCCUGAGGGUGGAAAGCCUAAGAACCCAUGGGCUAUAGUGUAAUUAUGCUGAGCUGUGGAACACAGCAUAGGAUCCUCUGCUUCUUGGAAGCACACAUUGAUAUUUCUCUCUCCCCCAUGCAGAUUAUUCCAUCUUUAGACCUCCCUGGAGGGUCAAACCAAUUUCUAAUCCUGGCACAAGAAGCCAUGAAGUUGGCAAACAGGUGAGUUGAUAAUAAUCUUCACUAGGCUGCUCCUAACAUACUUUCUGUCACUGGGCUUUGUGUUGAAAAUAUCAACACCUAACAUUUUUAAAAAGGAGCAGUAAUUUUAUAACAGUGAAGUGCAGAUAUGGUUACUAACUUGCCUUGCCUUUAGACAAGGAAAGUACUCCAAUUUCCAGGGGUCUCCUGUGAAGGUAGUUUUAGGGUCCUUAUAGCUGCUAGUUCAUUCCCAUUGGUGAUGGCUCUUGAAUGCCAGACCUUGACUUUCUGAUGGAAGUGUCAUUGUUUUAACAUAUGUUAAUCAGCAACUGCCAAUUUCUAUGACCACAGCACACAUAGGACAUGAGCCUGUUUCAGACAUAAGAAAACAAACUACAGUUUCCCAGGUUAUGUGUCACAGGAAAUGGUGGUUUGUUUAAGACUGGAAGCAAAAGCGUGCAAGCAUGAAAGAGAAGAAGGGGAGGGAAGAGGGAGUGUGCAAAGCCAAAGCUUCCUGUCGUUUACAUAGUAGGAAACACAGGUAGCUGCAGUUGUGAAGAGGAUUUGGGAAGCUGAUUUCACACACACAACUCUGCUUGUGGGUCUUGGGAUCCAAGCCCUGGGAAUCCUGCUCCUGGGAUUGAGCAGGCUAUAAAAACGUCUCCAAGUAGCUAACUAUAAUGCUGUAUCAUGUUACUUAGGUUAGAGACAAGGUGGGGUGCUGGCUGUGAAUCAUCCUCUCCCCCCUUUCCCAGAUGUUCUCUUUUUGCCUUCUAGGCACAUGCAGCUGGCAGAUACUAUUGAGCUAGCAGCCAGGGCAGCGGCAGAAGCCUCAGAGCAGGCACUGGGAUUGCUGCAGUCAUCUGCAAGUGGAGGAGACAUCCUGGUGAACUCUGUGCCAGGGCUCCACAAAAAGUAUGUCCAACUGUGCUGCUUUGAAUGCUUUUUCAGUGCAGGGAACGUUCCCUUUCUCGUCUCGGCUGACUUCAUGUCCCAUCAUCAUUAUUUCAUGAUAUUAUUAUUAUGAUUGCUAAAAGCAUUCUGAAAUAGGACUGGAGCUGUUCCUGGGAUAAGGAAAAACCAGGUCAUUUAAUAUGGAUAAUAAGCUUCCUGUACCUCUUUUAAUUCUCCGUGGUUCUCCAAAAAGAAAAUCUGGAUUGAGGGUGAAAGUUAAUGGAGAAUUAAUAGUGGUACAGGAAGUGUACUGUUGACAUUAAGUGACAGUAUUGAUGAGGGCUUAAGCAUUUCCUAGUCCAUUGGUCUCUGACUGGGGUGCAAUUCUUACCAUAAAUUGACCAUUGUUGUCAGUAACACAUAAGGGACAAGAGGAUUUAAAUGACGAGCUUGGAAAGUCCCCAAUUCCCGGCUUGAUUAAGAUCCAAAAGGGGAAUCCCAACAGGAAAAAUGCUUAGUAGAUUAAGGAAAGCACUUACGUGAAAAGAAUAGGCGAAACAAAGAAAACAUUGGAGACAAGGGAGCGAGAGGUUAGUUAACAGGGGCUCCAAAUCCUGUUUGGUGCGUGUGAUGCAGAUGUAAUGCAAUUCCAAAUUCAGAGCUGCUUACCACAAUAAUGUUUAUCACAAGGUGCAAAAUAUGUUUACUACCAGGAUGCAUGUCUUAAAAUAAAGGCCCACAAGAUUGCAGAUGGGAGUUGGAGCCUGGCAACGUCUGCAAGGCCACAUGUUCCCCACCCCUGACACAGAGACAGAUGGCAUCCCUCUGAGGGAGGCCUCUCUUCAUGAUGAUUGAGCUACCAGGUGUCAGGCAGGUUCAGCAUGAAGGAUGCCUAUCACUGCACAUCUGCUGAGCCCAUGCCCAACUCCCAAGCAGUCUUCCCCAAACUGGUGCCCUCUGGAGGGCAUCACCUCUGCUUGGUUGCUUUCACUUCUUUCUUUAUGCAUAUAUUUUAUUUUGAUUACAUAUUCCAUAUUACAAAUACAUAUACAUAUUGCAUAUUCAAAAGAAAACUAGAGAAAAGAGAAAAAAAGCAAAACAUAAAAAGCAAAAUAAAAAUAAAAAACAAACAUUUUCAGUUAUACAUCUUUACACCCUUUGGCUCGUCUCCCUGAUUUGUAACUUGACUUCCCACCUCCCUUAAAUGGUUCCUAAUAAUUCAUUACUUCUUGAUAUCUGUUCAGUUAAUAAGUCUGUGGAGAGCAUUCUAAUUGCCAGUGGGAUUUUAAUCUACACUAAGCCAAGCGAAGCCCUGGGAACCUAUUUUUUUCAUGUAAUUUAUGAAAACAUUCAUAGGCUGCUUUCACUUCCUGUUCACCUCCUCUGAGUGAGAAAACAGUGAUAAGUGUGAGGGGCAGGAACCAGGAUAGAGAGGGCAGGUGAAUGGGCAGGGGUAGCAACAGAUGAGGGGCUGCGUUUGGAGGCAGCUUGCCCAAGCCCCUCCUUGCCCCCCCACACCUGGACCUGGUGAAAAGUGGCGAGGUGAGAAGAGGUUUUCCCUUCAUCUUGACUGAUUCCCAGGCUCAGCAUUGGCCUUGUUCUCUGUCAGAGUAAAUGGCAGCGAUUGACUUUUAUGGGAGAAAGUUCUGUAGUGUGGUUGGUGAAACUAUAAUGGUGAAGCUUCUGGGGAGCCCAGCUUUAAUUGGGACUCAAGUUUGCUCUUUCCAUAUAUGCCGUGUCCUGCCCAGAUUUCUGCUUCUUACAGAUGCUGAAAUGUGAGGGAAUGUUAUGGACAGGCUUUUAUAGAAAGAAUAUGACCAUGAGGCAUGAUUAUGAGCUCCCCAUGGGACAUAUUACUGGUUAUUUUGUGUGAACUAAGGGUACUGUGUUCGUUAUCAACCUUUUAUAUGCUGUUAAGCUGAAUAUAGCAGGGUAUUAGAACCCUCCUUUCCCAGGAAAAAAAACUCCAAGAAAAUGUGAUGGAAAUUUUCAGAGUUGGCAAAAACUAACAAACUAGAUCUGAUCAAGUCAACUGAAUAAUUCAUGUCACAGAAAACCGGGUGUUUAAGACUGAUGUUAAAACACGUCCCUUAUUUUUAUUAUAAUAACAUAUUAUUUCAUUUACUAUACUUUUCAUAAUAAUAUAUAAUUAUAGUAACACUUGCUAUUUAUAUAGUGUGUUUUUAAUAUUCAAAGCUCCUCACAGACAUAUUUUUCGAUAAUUCUUUACAACAACUUUGCAAGGAGCUGAGGCAUUUGAGGCCACUUUGUGAAUUCAUGACUGAGUUGAGAUUUGAACCAAGUGAUUUGUGCUGAAUUAUGAGGAAGAAUAAACUAUCAGAUGCAGAAAAGACUCAAGUAGUAUCUUACAAUGGACUAACCUUGCAUUGCACAAGAGUCUCAGCAAAAGAGAUCAUGGAGGUUCCCCUCUGGCUUAGUGGGGCUCUCAGAAUUAGAAGGCAGUCAGUGACGGGCUCCUGGCCCCCAUGUGCGUCAGGAGAGCAGAUAAAUGCACCCCACCCCCUUCCACCCUGCCCCCAUUCUGUCCUUUUUGUGACGCAUUGAGUGACAUUUUGGGGUCACUUCCGGGUUCGGCGCAUGCAUGUUCACAGCUCUUUUGGAUACACGUUAAUCAGUCAUUGCCUGUCCUGGUUUAUGAGAAUCACAACAUGCUUGGAUGUCUUGGCCACAAAUAAUCAUGGAAGAUAGGAGAGCCCAAAAGCAGAAUCACUUCCCUUUCCUGGGCUGCAUUCAUACAUUAACUUGGUGAUGUGGUAUACCCCUUGGAAAAAAGGAGUUUCACACUCCUAGGCUCAAAAGUUAUCUUCCCAUUUCAGAUAUGAUGAGGUAAAGUUGCUCUCAAGCAAACUGGAGGCUGAUGCUGGCAAAGCUGCAUCUGAUGCUGGCAGGGUCUACCAGAGUAGUCAGAUGGUGCUUGACUCUCUGGCUCGCUUACCAAAGGUCGACACAAGCUUCUUUCAGGUGAGGGGUGUGUGCGUGUGUGUGCGUGUGCGCGCUCUCUCUCUCUCAACAACAUGUGACCCUUCAGAUGUUGGACUCCAACUCCCAUCAGCCCCAGGCUGUGUGGCCAGUGAUCAGGGAUGAUGGCAGCUGUAGUGCCAACAACACUGGAAGGGCCACCAGUUCCCCAUCCCUUAUUUCGUCAACAGUUGUUUGCACUUCUUAGAUAUGGGUGGUCUUGCUAGAGGUGGAGAGAGGCCGCUUUUUGUGACAGCUGUGAACCAAGUGAUGCUUUUCUCAGGAGGAAGCCGGUCAGCUCCGGAAGAAAGCAGAUUCUUUAAGUGGCUUAGCGGGAAUGUACAUUGCAGAAUACAAGCAGCUCCAAGGCAACACGGAGCGUUGGGAGGAAGAGAUCAAAGAGCUCUUGCAAAAAGGACAGAACGACAGACUGGUAAAGUACAUCCAUAUUGGGUAAAGGGCUCUGGGAUCCCUGAAAUCUUUAAUCCAUUCCUAGCCAUUUAUGCGUUUCUAGGCAAGUGUUAUGGGCAUGUUUUUUACGGCAUGUCUAUUUCACUUAAGGAAUAGAAACAAACUAGUUUUUAAUUAGUGUCCUUGAAUUCUCCAAUAGAGGGCAUUUCUAUAGAUCUGGGAGUAGGGCUGUAUUUUCAUGCUAUUUAUUUUGUUUGCUUGUUGCAGGUGUCUGUCCAACUGCUGUCUCGUGCCAACCUUGCCAAGAGUAAAGCUCAGCAGGCACUGAGUGCUGGCAAUGCCACAUUUGAUGAAGUGGACAGCAUCUUGAAGAAUCUCAAGGGUGAGUUGCUUGACAACUGCUGGGUCUAGACCAUUUGCAGGUGUGUUGUGGUGGCGGGUUUUCUGAGUAAUGGGUGGCGAGUUCAUUGAGGAGGAGGCCAGAAGAAGCAAUGACAUCCAUGUCCAGAGUUCAACAUAAAUACAAUUGUGUUCUAAAUGAACACAAUAUACUAUCUGAAGCCCAGGCAGCUUUUCGUGAGAACCAUUCAACAACAGACCACUGUCUAAUGCUGUCCUUCCUAGCCGAGAAGUAUACCAGGCCUCUACAGGGUAAACUCUUCGUGGCCUUCUUGGAUCUGAAAUCAGCGUUUGACUCCGUUCCCAGAUCCCAGCUAUGAUCCAAAUUAAGUCUGAUUUUGCAGGACACAGACUGAAACUCAGCAAUUCCCCCAAAAUUGCACUUGUUUGAAUUUUGCAAUGCAGUUCUGCAACCAACCACUGUGUACAAAAAUGAGUAAGCAAAGUGUUGAUUCAAGUGCAUAUAUUUGUGAAAAUAACAAAGUUUAUUAGGAGAAAUUGUCCUAAAAGGCUGGUGAAUGUUCACAAGGAUUUGCAAAUUGCUGUGGAAAUGUGGAGAGCUGAGCUUAAGAUUGGAAAAAUGAGAAACUAAAAUUGACAAAUUUGCCCAUCCCUAUUAGAGGGUCACCUGCACUAAAUCACAGAAGAAGAGGGUCUCAUUGGCCACAUAGUCUAAUCCCAAAUUUGAUGCAGGAAUUUCAGAGCUAGAGCAUCCCCCAGAGUUGGCUGCCCAGCCUCUGCUUGAAAAGCCUCCAUGUUCUCUGCCUUGCCCUGUUCUUGCUCCCUAAUUCUCUGCCUGGUACUUUAACCAUAAACUAUUGGAAGCUGGUCAGUACCCAGCUCAGUACUUUUGGCUCAGACUUCUCCUCUCUGCACUAAUACGGCUCCUUAUUCAGUUGAGUUCCCUCCCACCCUUUCUGCUUGCAGGGUUCGAUCUUCAAGUAGGGAACAAGCGAAAAGAAGCUGAAGAUGCCAUGCAAAGGCUCCCGUUCAUCAGCAACAUAGUCACCAGAGCCAGUGAAAAGACAAGCAUCGCAGAAGCAGCCCUGGGCACUGCAACUACAGAAGCAGAGGCAGCCCUGAGAAUGGCUGGGGAAGCAAAGGAGAUUGCGGGGGACAUCGACCAGGUAUGGGGGGGGGGGGGCUGAAAGUAUGUUAGUGCCAGAGAACUACAGUGAGGAUAUAGGGGUGGGAUCAAGGAUACCUGGCUGGCAGCAGCCUGGUUUGGAAUUGUUCAUUCAGACUUGUAUCCAACGUUUGCUGGAAGCUCAGGUUGGAUAAAAGGUAAAGGUAAAGGUAAAGGGGCCCCUGACCAUUAGGUCCAAUCGUGACCGACUCUGGGGUUGCGGCGCUCAUCUUGCUCUACUGGCCGAGGGAGCUGGCGUACAGCUUCCGGGUCAUGUGGCCAGCAUGACUCUGGCAAACCAGAGCAGCGCAUGGAAAUGCCAUUUACCUUCCCGCUGGAGCGGUACCUAUUUAUCUACUUGCACUUUGACGUGCUGUCGAACUGCUAGGUUGGAUAACAUAUUGUUAUUCAAAACUACGUAAACUAAAAUGCAGGGAGAUAUGCUGUGCAUAGGGUUGCCACAUGUCCGGAGUCUCCCGGACAUAUCUGGAAUACCGUAGUCAGCAGCAGUGUCCUUAUGGAAAUCGGAAAAAUGUCUGGGAAAAUUCGGACGUAUGGUAGCCGAUUUCCCAUAAAAAUAGCUCAACAAUUUUUCUGUCUGGAUUUAACUUUUUGAAAUAUGGCAACCCUAGCUGUACACCAUGGCAUUUCCACAGCACUUGGAGAAUUCAAACUGCUACAUGUACACUGUUAUGUAGUAAUUCUUACAACAUCCCUGUGAGGUAGGUUACUAUGAUGGGGACCAGCUAGUCAGUUGCUGGCAGAGGACUUGUGAACAGAGGACUUCUCCUUGGCUGUAGCCCAGCUAGAGGUGGUUUGCAGGAGCUUGACCCUGAUACUCUGUAGCAUUAUUAUUGUUACUACUACUCAAUACGUCUCAAUACAAUUUACAGAGAAGUAAAAUAUAAACAUUACACAGACUACAACAGGGUGAGCCAAUGUGGUGCUUUCUAUAUGUUUUUGGACUGCCAAUCCUAUCAUCCCUGACCAAGCUAGCUGGAGCUGAUGGAAGGAGCCACAUGGCUACAUCUGCACCAGAAUGUAAUGAAAUGUGAUCACACAUGACAUGCCCCUCAUUCCCCAGUACUGGUUGUAUACACAGACACCUGUGGUCUUUUACCAUCUACCUAAUGCAGUUGCUCAUUGUUUCUGCACCUCAAGCCACCAAGGCUUUUCCUUCACCUGCCCAUAACUCCUGUCUUAGUCUUCUUUGCAUUGCCACUGAUUCUGACCUUAUAAUUGUGCUGUUGGCUGACUUUGUUUUGCAGGAGAUAGGAAGGCUGGCCAUGGAAGCAAACAGGACAGCAGAUGGAGUAUUAGUCCUGGAGAAAGGAAUCAUUUCUUUGCGGGAUGAGGCUAGACGUGUGGAGAGCGAGUUACAGAGGAAGGAGCUGGAGGUUGGCAUGGAUACAACCAGAGCUCAGGAAGUGAGUGUGCAGCUUUUGCCUUUUUAUUAAAAGGGGUUUUAAAGGAACCUCCUGAGGGAGGAAAGCCGGCUAAUAAUGCGUUUGAUUGUUGCGGCUUCUUCAGGUUGGUCAGGCAUCACAGGGUGCCCGGGCGGAUGCCAGUGAUGCUGGGAGCACAGUCCAAGAAGUCCUCCGUGCCUUGGAUGAUGUUUUGCGCAUGAUGGGUAAGAAGCAGUUCUAUUUCCUGUUAAGUCUGGAAACAUUAUUCCAGCACAGAAUCGUAGAGUUGGAAGAAAUAAGCAGGAACCAGUUAGAGUAGGUGGGAGCAAAUGUUUGUUGGUGCAGCUGAAUAUUACGGGCAGACUUAAACAUUAGCAGAAUUUUAAUAACACUUGCAGUGUAACAAUUACUAUGGACAAUAUGGAGAGAUUCAAAAUAUAGAUCAUGAAAUAAUAUGUAGCUGAAAAUGUUAACAAUGGAGGGAAUGUUGGGAAGUCUGGAGAUUCAGAUAAAUCUCUAAAGGUGUACAUGUACUUGGUAUUGUUAUAACUUUAGGUUUGUAAAAUCAAAUAAAAAUUAUUAUUUUUUUAAAAAGACCAUUAAGGGCAGACUUGUUCACUUUUGGAGGCCAUUUUGGUUCUAGUGAGAAGGGAUCAAAAAGAAAUAAAGGUGGCAUUCAUAUGCUAUGUCACACUUUCUUCAAUAUCUCUGCUGAAGUUCUGAUGAUACACAAAAAUAAUCAAUUUAUUGGUGAAAGGUAGUUGACUAAAAAAUAUUUACUCUAUUGAUAGCUUAAUCAUAUGAGAUUGAUUGAUUGAAAUAUAUAGUAUAGUGGUACCUUGGUUCUUGAAUGGCUUAGUUGUCAAACAAAUUGGCUCCCAAACGCCACAAACCUGGAAAUAAGUGUUCCGGUUUGUGGACCUUUUUCAGAAGCUGAACAUCCAAUGCUGCUUCCGCUUGAGUGCAGGAAACUCCUGCAGCCAAUCAGAAGCCUUGGUUUUCAAAUGGUUUCGGGAGUCGAACGGACUUGCCAGAACAGAUUAAGUUCGAGAACCAAGGUACCACUGUACUUAAGGAUUAGCUGGGCACUGAGAGCCUAGAUUGAGGCACCACAUGCAACUGUCCCACAAUGAAAAUCCCUGUAGUGUCGGGUCCUGUACAGAUGCCCCCUCUGUCGCAGAGAGAAAUCUAGAGGCCGCUACAUAGGAUGAAGAAGUCUAAAACACAACUGGACAAAACAUUAUGGGUUCAAAUAAAGACAUAAAAUGUAACUGAUAGCUUUUUAUUGUAUGAUGAAACCAUGGGAUCUGUGAACUACACAUCACGAGAGAGUCCCUAACCCAGUGGUGGUCUUGAUACCCUAACAAGAGGCCAGGCUGUAUGUGGGGAGAAUAGGCAAGCAGGAGACUGGAGUGCUGAAUCCCUGUUGAUCCUCUACCCUCUCCACAUUCACAUUAUCUUGGCAAAUGUGGGAUUGCAAACAUACGUUUGCUGUGGGAACAUAUUUCUGUGCCCUAGGAGUGGCCUUAUAUUUUUCCACAUACCAGCUGCUCUUCAACAUGUGCAGCAUUUUGCGGUGUGUCAAAGCAUAUUGUGGUUUUAACUCGUUACCAAUGUUAGGACUUCAGAUCCAAGAUCUUUUCAUUUCUAACACAUUACAUGCACCAGGACCAGUUCAUGAAGCUGCAGGACUGAAUACUGUUGUGUGAUAAAUUGCACUCUUUUGAGGCUGCUGGUUCAUGCAAAGUCCUUAAUCAGACCUAGCUUAUUUCAGUUAUAAGAAUCACACCCAUGAUCACACACCUGUGACAUAGCAGUUAACACAGUCCCCUCAGGUAAGUAUGAAUUUGCAUGGGAGGAGUUAUGCAUACCUGUCCUGUCUGACACCCAGGUAUCACACACACAGCCUUUUGAAGGGCUUUGUAUGCAGAGCUCAACGUCUGCAGGCCCAAUAUGCAUGGCAGAAGGAACUGCCAUGUAACAUUGGCAGUGUGUGCACUGGACUCUGCGCACGUGUGCCAAAUUAAGAUAUCCCAUCCAGGCUGUGUGGAUGUAAAGUGGGGCAAGCACAUGUAGUAGGUGGAGUCAUAACAUUCUCAAAUUGCAUAGAGGCGCCACACAGCACUUGGACAGGGGACAUCCAGUUACCUAUGGGGAAAAUGCAGGUGCUUGUGGAGAAGUUGCUUAGCAUCAUUUAGCUUGUAUAUUUCUGUAAAGCUAAUGCACUGUUGCCAGCAAGUGAGGAACAGAGUGGAAUGCAAAUGUCACUAAAUAAAUAAGAUUGUAUCAAGUUUUUUAAACAACAUUAGUCAUCACAAAUUGCAGUCUGUUAGAAAUUUUAUGAGCAUAAAAUUACCGAAUUAAACAUCACAGGGUAGCUCAUGGACUAGAUUUAUAAAUAGCUUGGGUGACUGAUAGGGAAAUUCCUAUCAUAAAUUUUACCACUCAUACUACACGAUUGCCAUCACAAUAAAUUUAAGCCUUUUGGAGAAGCUUUGAUUGGAUUUUCUUGGCUGCAACUGCAAACAGAGAGACAGUAUGGGUUAUGAAUUUCUCGCAAUUUGAUGACAACAUUGUUUGUUGUCUACGGUUGCAUAUUUAUUUACUACAAGAAGACUGUUUUUGUUGAUUAAACAAAUAACGGUCUACAAUUCAAAAUCUAUCCACAAAUGCAAAAUCACAGAUUGCUUAGUAUCAUUAAAAAUGUUCCACAUACAAUGGAGAACAUUGUUUGGAAACUUACCUUAAUGAAAGCCUUUCUAAGAUCUUCUAAUUUAGGGUCAGUUUUCAGCAAGGGGUAGCAGAGAAUCCAGGGUUAUUGACCACUUCUGAAUCACGAUGUGCACCUAUUAAAUAAAGCUGAUGAUCUUCUUCUUUUAGAAUCCGGGAUCCAUAAGUGAAUAAAUAACAUUCCAGUGGCAGUUUUAUCAAUGGACAAUAGGCUUAAUUACUGUAACUGAUUGUGUCAAACUGGGAUUUGUGAAUGAAGCUGGAAUUAAGUGAAUGCUUCUCUGAUCCCUAAAUUGGCUACUUCCCGGUCAUUCUCUGGAAACUUACACAGCAUCUCUGCAUUACCUGUUGGUUGGAUCACCUCACUUCAGAGGAAACUGUCUAUUGCAUCCCUCCAUGAAUCAUUGCUCUGGAUGUGCCUUCUUCCAACCAGGGGUCAUACUCUGAACAGUUUCUCACACAGAGUCCUCUGAAGGUGUAGGUGGUACCUGCUGCCUUCAGCCUCUAAAAGGCAGUGUUUUGAAGGUAGAGUGAACCUGCCUCUAAAUUUAAUUCAGACAAAAGUGGGCUUUGGCUAUCAGAAGUUUAGGCAACACUAUUAUAAAGUCUUGGGUUUGUGGAUUAUGGGACAGCUCCUUCAACAACCAAGUAGAUUGAGGGAUGCUUGCUCAGAAGGUUUUGCUAUUGAGUUCUCCUUUUAUUUUACCUCCUCGUAUAGACCAACCUGAGUUUGUGGAUGAGCAAGGUGUGAUCAUGCUUGAAACGAACCUAAGUAAAGUCAGAACAAGAAACAACCAGUUGAAAGAACUGAUGGCGCAACUGGAGGAAACAGCCAGGCGUCAGAAACUUCGGAUUCAGACACUGGAAUGGAGCAUUACUGAGAUCCUUGAUGAUAUCAAGAACCUGGAGGAAAUCCGCGAUAGUCUUCCCCCAAGUUGCUACAACAUACCACCCAUUGAGAAACCCUGAAGCCUUUGGAAGCUGGGACAGAAGACUUCCGUGUACUCUGCCAGAUCUCGGAUACACAAAGCAUCAGAGUUAGGCAAACGGUUUUGAGUGCUUCAAAAAAUCCAAGCCUCUCAGGAUUCAAAAAGCCACAUGUGACUGCUGAAUAGAUCUUUUUUAAGUUCCGUUCAUCAGGCUGGAAGAGCAGGUGCAUCAUUCUGGUUUAUGUUGCAGCUGUUCCACUUUGGUGCAUCAAGCAUGGAGACAUAAAGUUUAUCCUAGUUGUCCCACUCCUGGGAGGCAAGAGGGAAACCUGCAGGCUGCACGAUAAAGCAGCUGAAUUUAAAGAAACUGGUGUGCUGAGAGACAUGAUUAUUGCUGAAUAUAUUAGGAGAAGGUAUGUGCCCUGGGUUAGUGUGUGGCUGCAGUGCAAAGCUCGGAGCCAGCAGCUGAAUCUGAACUCCCUACUACGUGUCCGCCAUCCUAGCCUUCCUUUCUCCCAGCCUGAUCUAAUGUAAUAAGAUGGAAGUUAAACCCAGCUAAAUUAACUUAUGCUACAUUAAAACCUUUUUAUUACCAUGAAUUACUCUUAACUCUCACUCUCCCACUUAGAAUCUCGCAGGCUGCUUUUCCUUCUGAAAAUCUUUCUUAGCAUCUAAUGUUUCUUAACCUCAAGGAUUGGAUAAGUGUGGGUCACUGAAAGCUUGCAUAGGCCUAAAACUGGUUCAGUAGCAUUGCCUCACCACAGGAAUUCUGGGGAAUCAGUGAUAUCAAACAGCAUAUUCUCAAUACUCUAAUCAAACUACAGUUCCCAGAGUCCCUCAGAGUGGGGGGGCGGGGCGGGGAAGCCUUGAGAGUUACUUGUAGAAAAUAAAUAUAGGUUUGUAGAAGCCUGUGGCAGCAAUGGUGAUUUAAUAUGUUCUUGCUUCAUUUCUCUUCCCUUUUUUUACAAUGAAAAUGGGGGUGUCUCUGGUAGAUUAUCUACAACAAGCUCAAGAGUGUUUGGUUAACCUCAUGUGGCUAUAUAGUGAGAACCACCUACCUGGCCUUAGGUUAUAGCUUAGUAAAAUUGCCUAGCAGUGCAAGCCUAUAUAUACUCAUAAGAAAGUCCCACUGAAUGCAAUAGAACUUACCCCCAGGUAACUGGGUCUAGGAUGGCAGCCUAAGCUUCUUGUUUUGAAUCACCAUCGCAGUCAAAGGAGGGAGAGACUUUCUUGUGGGAGACAGACAAAAUCCCUCUGGAUAAUUCUGUUGGUGUCCAUUUUAUAACUCUGUUUUAAGUUAUCGUUCAAGACUGUAGUUGGAAAAAGAAACAUGACCUAUGCCCUUGCUUCAAACAGUACUUCAUACACGUGUAUAAUGGUGCUAAAUAUCAAGUAUUCUGUUGUGGUUGGGUAAAAGGGCAAAAUAAAUAAUGAAUCCCCAUGGUUUGAGAAGGCUGCUUAUUUCCUUAAUUGUGUUUCUCAUUCUGGAAACUUCUCUCUCCCCCCCCCCCUCCGUACAGUGUGAACAUUUUAGUGGAGGCGAAAUCGACUUUAACUUUGGAUAAAGGUAGUUGCAGCAUGCCCCAGCGACUGAGGGAUCCUGGUCAAUGCCUUGAUUCUGUGAUCAUCCCUCAACCAUUCUACCACUGCUACCUAGUGAUUAGUCCUGGCAUCAGCCUGGCCAGCUUCUUUGCUCAGUCCACAAAACAGAUGAAAGACAGUACCUUGUAGUUGCCAGACAACCAUGAUUCACUUUCAGUCCAGAAGAGGUCGAAGCCUCUCUUCUUGCUUUUUACACACAAAGGCCCUGCUCUAGCAACUGCUCUCCCACCAGAGUUUGAAAUCAGCUUCUGAUGCUACAUGGGAGAGUUCUUGUGCUACAGAAAUAAAAGUACAAUAAAACCCAGGUGCACAUGGAGGUCUUACUGGAUACUUCUCUGGAUUAGGACUAAUCUGCCUUUCCCUGUUCACCAGACCUUUCACAUGGGAUUCUGUGCUGCGAAUAAUCCUGUUUGUCACCGGGAGAGGCAGCAGCAGAUGGUGUCAGCAUGCUACUUUAACAACAUAUAACCAGCCAUCUAUCAACCUUUGCUACAACAAAUGAAGCAAGAACAGCAGAAUUCUAUUUUAAUAUAAUUGCUAAGUGAAAAUAAAAUAAGGUUGUUAAACUGU